AUGCCUACAAUCAUCUUACUCGACAAUUCGUUGUCGAUGAAUCAACUGGUCAAAAUUGACGGAAAUGCCGAAGUGAAGCGGAUCGAUUUAGCCAAGCGUGCUGUAAACGCUUUUCUGGACCACCAGGCGAAGCACAACCGACUCGAGUUGACAUCGCUCAGUGUUUUCUCAAAAAAGUACCAGGAACUUGUCCCGUUAACUCACGACUAUGCUACACUAAAGGAUGCAUUAAGUGCAGUCGAACUGAAAGAACAGUCACAUCUUAUUACCGCUUUACACGAAGUUCAAAAGACUAUUUCAAUUGAAGAAUGGGGACGAAAUUAUACUUGUCAAGUGAUUGUGGUGACAGACGGUAAUUCUGUUGUGAGUUCAAGCUACCUGAACAAGGGCUGCAUGAACAUACCUAAUCUCGGCGAAAGUGAGAGCAACAAUUGGCCCCUUCCUCUGCCAUUCCGAAACANCAUUUCAAUUGAAGAAUGGGGACGAAAUUAUACUUGUCAAGUGAUUGUGGUGACAGACGGUAAUUCCGUUGUGAGUUCAAGCUACCUAAACAAGGGCUGCAUGAACAUACCUAAUCUCGGCGAAAGUGAGAGCAACAAUUGGCCCCUUCCUCUGCCAUUCCGAAACAAAAUUCACAUUAUUUGCAUAAACACACUCAGUAAUCACAUGCUUCAGAAGUCACUGCCAUUUUACAAAGAGAUCAUUGCUCGCAAUUCUCACAGCAAAGUGGAAGUCAGUGUGAACACUCCCUGUGAAGGUGGUCAAAUUUUUGUUCCAACCGUUCCAUUGCUGUCAUACAGCGCCAUUGAAGAUCUCACAUCAAAGCUAUGCUCGGAGUACUUUAAACCACUGACAGGCAAAAUAACUUGUGGCAAUUUGACUUGCUGCGCUUACUUGUACCCCGGUCUUUCGCCCAACUCCAUUUGCAGAGACUCAAGCAACUUGGAAGUCGAAAUUUGUGGUUUCUUGAAAUCCAAUGAAGUCGCCUCUCCACCAGUAAAUUCUCGACAUUUAGUCGUGCCCAUGGCAGAGUCCCUUGAGCAGCUGAAAAAGUUCAUGACUUUCCUUAAUUACAAGUCUGACCUUACAGAUGAAGAUAUCGCAAAAAUGUUUGCUGAUGAAGCCAAGCACCCCUCCUUUGGGGUACUAUUACAUGGAGGUCUGAAAAUUGAAAACAUGACUGCCCUGUGUCAGCUUAAUGAUUCUCCCACCUGGUACGGAAUGCUCUACUCGGGAACUGACAACAAGAAGAGGUCUUAUUUAAUGCUAACCACAUUUGAGCCAGGAGUAGACUCCGUUUCAUGGGCUUCCAAGUUCAGCAUUCCCAAAAUUCUCAAUGACUUGCCGGUUGCUCCCACAAUAAAGAAGCCCUCCAACUACGUCGUUUGGCUGCAGCCUGCCUCUAUCCAAAAUGACGUUCAGAAAAUUAUUCGAUACACGAGGAAACUACCUGACAAGUUUGACGCAUUGCACAGCGAAGUGGUUCGUUUCAAGCGUACCGCCAUUGCGUACUACCUGUUCGAUCUGAUUGAUACAAUGAUUAGCCUGCUUCAGCGAGAAACAGCGACUCAUCCAGAGGUGGCCAGCGAAAUAGGACGAAUCAUCAACCUCCUCAGUAAGCCAUACGACGACAAUACUUGUUAA